GGUUAUGUUCGUUGUUUUCAAUUUCGAAUGAAACGUCACAUUUUCAUGCACCAGAUCAAUCACGAGAGAAAUUCUUGUUUUCCACUUUGUUUAUCAUUACAACGAAUAAAAUUUUAUCUCAGUUUUACGUGAAACUAUGAUGUGUGUAUUAUUAAAUACAAACAAAUGUCACAAUUCCAAGGACUUGAGUUAGCAGGAGGAAAAUUUAGGUUAUAAAACAAUGUUGACUAAAAUUAAUAGAGUAAAUUUACAAAGUUAAAAAUAAUAAUAGUAUGAAACCGCAUAUACUUUUCAUACAAGUUUUUCUCCUAUUGAUGAAUUUCAUUGUCACUGAAAGUAACGAGAAACUUGACGAACAAUUAAAACAAAACGCGUCAACAAUAUCUGAAGCAUUUUACGAAUUGAAUAAUUUAAAUUCAAUUUCAUGUAAUACAUCGCAAAAUACACAGGAGAUUAAGGUGGAAUUUUCGAGUAGUGUUAUUAAAAAUGAAUAUAUUGUUGCAUUCAAUGGAUAUUAUAAGCCGAGGACACGUGAAAAUUAUAUUCGAGCUGCUCUAAAUUCAUCGGAUGUGAAAAAUUGGAAAAUAUUGAAUCGCAAUAAUCCUGCGAGUGGAUUUCCAAGUGAUUUCGAUGUUGUUCUUAUUGAGGAGAAUGAUAAAUAUUCAGGACUCAGUGCACUCACUGAUCAUCCACUUGUACGACGUGUUACACCUCAGAGACUCGUGAAAAGAACAUUGAAAUUCGCCGAAACCAAUGAAGAUGAUGGUUAUCCAGAGUAUAAGAAUUUUAAAAGAAAAAUCAAUAGUUUUAAAACUUCUAAUUCGAAUGCUGGACAGACACCUUCUAGACAUGCAUCGAGGAGAUUGCUUCGUGCUAUUCCACGACAAAUUACGAGUAUUCUUCAAGCGGACGUUUUAUGGGGAAUGGGGGUAACAGGACGGGGAAUAAAGGUAGCAGUUUUUGACACUGGCCUCGCGGCUAGUCAUCCUCAUUUUAAAAAGAUCGAGGAACGCACUGACUGGACAAAUGAAAAAACUGUCGAGGAUGGUCUUGGUCAUGGAACUUUCGUCGCUGGAGUAAUUGCAUCGUCAUCUAAAGAAUGCUUUGGUCUCGCUCCAGAUGCGGAACUUCAUAUUUUUCGCGUCUUCACCAAUUCUCAAGUCUCUUAUACGUCGUGGUUCCUCGACGCUUUUAAUUAUGCAAUACUGACGAAAGUAACAGUUUUGAAUCUUAGUAUUGGAGGUCCAGAUUUUAUGGAUCAUCCUUUCGUUGAUAAGGUUUGGGAACUCACUGCUAAUGGCGUUAUUAUGGUAUCGGCGAUUGGCAACGAUGGUCCUUUAUAUGGUACAUUGAAUAAUCCAGCUGAUCAAAUGGACGUGAUUGGCGUCGGUGGAAUUAAUUGGGACGAUCAAAUUGCUGGUUUUUCUUCACGUGGAAUGACAACGUGGGAAUUGCCUUUUGGCUACGGCCGAGUGAAACCCGAUUUGGUAAUGUACGGCUCAGGAGUGCAAGGUUCAGCACUAGAGAGUGGUUGCAGAAAACUUUCAGGUACUUCCGUCGCUAGUCCCGUUGUCGCUGGAGCUGUUGCACUUCUAGCCAGUGGUUUUCUUAGCUCCGAUGGCACACUGGACGAAAAGAUAACACCAGCCAGUAUGAAGCAGGCGUUAUUAGAAUCAGCGAGAAGAUUACCAGGAGUUGGAAUGUUUGAACAAGGUGCAGGAAGAUUAGAUUUAUUGAGUGCUUUUCUCUAUUUACGUUCAUACACACCUACGGUUACAUUAAGUCCAAAUUACGUGGACUUGACGGAGUGUCAGUAUAUGUGGCCUUAUUGCACUCAAGCAAUUUAUCACACUGGAAUGCCAACAAUUGUCAAUGUCACUAUUUUAAAUGGUCUCGGUGUAUCCGGUUAUGUGGCGGAUUUAAAAUGGCAUCCUUACACCCUCGAUGGAAAUGGAGAAAAACUCGACGUUUCAUUGAGUCAUUGCGAUGUUCUUUGGCCCUGGUCCGGAUGGCUUGCCGUUUCAAUUACAGUUCCAGAGUCGGCAAGCGACUGGCGUGGAAUCGCUCGUGGUCACAUUUCUCUGACGAUCGAAUCGCCGCCGAAUGCUGGCGAAACGGAACCAAGACGAUCGACUGUUGAAUUAUCCUUGACAGCAAAAAUUAUUCCGACCCCACCGCGACAUAAACGAAUUUUGUGGGAUCAAUAUCACAAUUUACGUUAUCCACCAGGCUAUUUUCCGAGGGAUGAUUUGAGAGCUAAAAACGAUCCUCUCGAUUGGAAUGGAGAUCAUAUUCACACUAAUUUUAAAGAAAUGUACCAACAUUUACGUAAUGUGGGUUAUUAUCUCGAAGUAUUGGGAUCGCCGUUUAUUUGCUUCAAUGCAAAAAAUUAUGGUACUCUACUUAUUGUUGACAGUGAGGAAGAAUUCUUUCCCGAAGAGAUAGUGAAAUUGAAGGAAGACGUGGAAGAAAAGGGCCUGUCGGUCGUAGUAUUUGCCGAUUGGUACAAUGUCACCGUAAUGGAGAAAGUGAAAUUUUAUGAUGAAAAUACGCGUCAAUGGUGGAUACCAGACACUGGUGGUGCAAAUGUUCCGGCUUUGAAUGACUUACUCUAUCCUAAUUGGGGCAUAGCUUUUAGCAGCAGUGUUCGAGAUGGUCAAUUUGUCCUGGGACAACAUCCACCAGUGACAUACGCUUCCGGAACUACCAUUGCUCGUUUUCCAAAAGAGGGUUUUCUUCUACAUGCUUCGCUUCACGAUCAGGGCGAGGAAUUGCUCACCGAAACCGAAGUAAAAACAUCCUCGUUGACUCCGGUUUUAGGUUUAUUUCAAACAAAAAGUCAGGAAUUGAGUAAAAAAAGUGAAGAUACUAUUAAAGAAGCGGAGAAUAAUGAAAAUGAAAAAUCAUCAACUGUUCCUGGUAGACUUGUAGUUUAUGGUGAUUCCAAUUGCAUCGACGACAUUCAUUCACAAAAACCGUGCUUCUGGAUGUUGGACGCUCUAUUAGAAUAUGCAAAUACAGGACAUAUUCCAUUAAUUUUUGAAGAAGAGGAGGGUCGCCAUAAAACAAUUAAUGACGAUCAGGCGAAAUUAGACGAAUUGCCAAAGCGAAUUGAAAGUAGUCACUUGAGUCGUCACAGCAAAGUUGUGAAUAAUGACACACUGGGAAAAGACAGAUUUCGUCCUCUAACGCCUUGUCCGGUUCUACUUCCUGCUACACCUUAUCCACUCAAUGAAUCAAUUCCAAUAAAUUCUCACAAAUCACAGACAUUAAAGUCGUUAAAGGAAUCAGUGGUGGCCAUGGUGCCAUUGCCACAAAAUUCAAAAUCAUGGAUAAGAAGACGCGGUGGUGGAGUGAUAAGCGACACAUUGAAUCAAAUUGAUUCCUACAGUAGUAUAAUUGAAGAAUCGACCACUAAUGAUCAAACGAAAAAAUGGUUAAAUAUAAAAUUACCAAGUUACGCCGCUCUAACGAUGAUAAUUUGUGGAAUUUUAAUCUAUGCAUUAAAUCGCUGGGGUUUAUGUGGAGUUAAAAGAUCUCGUAGAAAGAGAACAAUUGGUAGAUUGCGUAGAAUUAUUCAAGUGAUAACUGUUCGUAAAGUGCCUCAAAUGUAGGUUUAUAUUAUUAUAUAUAUUAUAUUUGACAUAGACUGAUAUAGAUAAUUAAUCUUUUAAAAAUGACGGUAACACUUUUAUACUCUAUCUUUUCUCUUGGUGCACAAGAACAAAUUUUUAUUCCAUUUUAUUUUUUAAAGGGAAAAAAAAUUUUUUACUCUUCUUUUAUUUUUUAUUUUUUUUUAGUCAACUUGGGAAUAUUAAAUAUAAAAAAUU